GUGGAGUGACUUUAAUGUGUAGUCCUCCUGGAGGUUUCACCCCUGAUUGGAAUGACCUGCAGCUGGUGAAAGACAAUCUUGAACUCCCUCCAGUCACCAAAGCAUCACUACAGCAUGUGAGUGGUGAACUACGAUUUCUAUGCUGGUGGAAGAUGACCAUGAUGGGAGUUUGGGCUGCAGUGCUAAUGAGUUAUGGAAUUACUACAGGAUUUGCAAAGAAUUCUGCAGAGUUAAAAGGUCAAGUUCCAUUGAAUCUGGCUCCAAAUGCUGUUGAUGACAUGUACAUUGGAUGCAAAGACAAGAUGGACUACAGAGUGAAGAAGCAGUACCUGGCAAAUGAGAAAAACAAAGACAUAAAUUUCACACUGGCCUGGGAUGAGGCAGAGAAAUACUACAACAAAAAAUGGAAACGUAAAAAGGGAAAGAGACCUUCCACAGCACUAGGUAAAGAGCAGAUCAUGGCUAUUUAUGUGUAUACCAUCGACAAACCAAGUGUAUAUCUUGAUUUCAAUAAUGCAGUUCGAACCCAAAGAUCUAUGUACAAGACCACAUUCAGGUAUCACGCACUUCACUUUUUCCUGACUGACGCCCUUCAAACUCUCAAGUCUCGCAAACCUGAAGAAGAAAGAUGUCUGACUGGCUACCGCAGAGUCAACAGCUACUUUAGCCAAGAUGUUCUCAAUAAAGUGAUGCGCUUUGGCUCUUUUACUUCCAGCUCAAUGGGUUGGUACCCCAGCGCUGAGAGAUUUGGGGAAAAGUCAUGCUUUGACAUUAUCACAUGCUCUGGAGCAGACAUCUCACUGUACUCAAAGCUUGGAGAGUCAGAGAGAGAAGUGCUAAUUCCUCCUCAUGAGGUCUUUAAAGUCACAAAGAUAGAGAAGAGAGCUGACCAGAGGAGUCUGCCAUGUGAGGUGGUCUACAAACUGAAGAGUACAAGCCAAAGUCUCUCCAAUUUGAACUGUGCUCUUUUCUGAAAUAAGUGGUCUAGCACAUUUAAUAUAUAUUUGCUGUUAAGAAAACAUGCAAAAUAAUGCUAUUAGAUGGGCCAGAAAGGGGAUUUCAAGAUAUUCAAUAAGUUCUAUUGAAUAUUGAUUUGUCAAUUUAAAUAAAGACAUGAUAACAUUC